UAUGGUGGUGUUUGCCUUGUUUGGUUUGCAAGUAUAUUUGGGAGUUUUAAGGCAAAAAUGCGUUAAAGACCCAAUUUAUCCUAUUUCACAUGGAGAUUAUGACUUACAUAUAAAGAAUUCGUCCAAUUGGCAGAUCGAUCAGCAAGGUCAAUAUUUCAUAUGUGGCAACAUAAGUAGUGCAGGAGCGUGUCCGUCGAAUUACACUUGCUUACCAGAUAUAGGAGAAAAUCCUAAUUGGGGCUAUACGAAUUUCGACCAUUUCGGAUGGUCUAUGCUCAAUUCAUUACAACUAAUCACCCUAGAUUUUUGGGAAGAUCCUUAUAAUAAAGUUAUUCACGCGAACGGACCAUGGAAUAUAGUCUUCUUUAUAUUCGUCGUUUUCUUUGGAUCUUUCUAUUUGGUCAACUUGAUGUUAGCUGUUGUAUCAAUGGCCUACGAAGAGGAGGCGAAGAACGCCGGAAAGCGUCCUGGUGUAUUCUCACAGGAAAAGGAAAGAGAGAGCGAAAAAGAAAAAUCUAAAAUUUCUACUGCUGAUGAAACUGUUGGCGAGUCAGCUCAGAAGAAUGACGAGGAGAGUGAGGAGAAAGAUCAAAUUAAAAAUACUACUGAAAAAGAUCAGCCAACUCCUAACUCUAAACCUGAAGAUGAUGAUACGCAUACUGAAAAAUCUGCUAAAGACAAACGAAAAGAGAGAAUGAAGAAUCAAGGUACUAUGGACUCUGGUAUGGGUAGUGAUGACAAGCUAGACAAAGCAGAUAAUAACGAUAGUAAAUUCAAUAAGACUGAUGGAGAAAAGAAAAAAUCCCAUACCCAAAAAAUUCCAAAAGUAAAAAUAAGAGGUUUGUAA